AUGAAAUCAUUUAUCAUCUUGAUUUGUGCUUAUUUAGUGUUUUCUAAUGCAUAAAUUGCAAAUACACAUCAACAAGAAGCAUAUUUAAUCACCAAAGGAAUCUUUGAAGCAUUUGGAAUUUAGAAUGAAUUAGAUAUUAUUCAAGUAUUUUCAAAGAUUGAAAGUAAAUAAUACUAUGAAAUUCUUUAAAAUGCUGUCAAUCUUCAAGACGAACUAACAGAAGAAUCAAUAUUGGAGGGUAUAAAACAGAUUGGAGUUGCCUUACAAUAGAUUCCAGAUUCUAUAGACAGCUUGGAAGAAUAAACAGAAGAGACUAUUAUAAUAUCAAGUAAAAUUUUCUAAAUUUCUUAAAAGAAAUUUUCAAUAACUUGUUGGAGUAACUCAGAAAUCCAUUAAGAUUCCACUUCCAAGACAAUGUCGAAGUCGUUAUUAACGGUGUUAACAUCUCAUAAGAUUUAGGUAAUAUCUUAUUUUAUAUAUAUAUUAGAGGAUUCAUUAUUUGAAUGGCAAAGUGAGAACUAUGAAUAAUAUGGUAAAGAACUUGGUUCUGUAAUGAUCAGAUUAUUGCUGGAAUUAGAAAAUUUAGAGGCUGUGAUACAUGAUUAAAGUGUUAUCUUAGUCAUUUUUGAUGGAGUUUUGGAUGGAAUCUUGGAUGCAAGUGGAAUAAGAGGAUAAGACAUUAGACAAUGCAUAGAUGGAGUCAAUCUUAUGGUCAUUGAUUUUGAAGAAUCCGUAAGACUUCUUGAGACAGGUUUACCACAUAAUGUUGUUUAAUCACUUUAAAUCUUUGGAGAUGGUCUACAACAUUUCCCUCAAGCAUUAGAUUAAUGCAAGGCCUCUAUCAAAGAAGCUGCUAAACUAGCUAAGCAACUUAGGGAAUUAAUAAAGGCCUUAUAAAAUCCAGCAUCCUUUGCUUUCCACAUCGGAAUAGAUCUUAUUGUAAAUGGUAAAGAUAUCUACAGAGAAGUAUGUUAAUUAAAUAAUUUUAGAUUUUCAUUGCAGUUGAUGACUGGAAGUAAGGAAACUGGAAUGAUUUUGGAUACUAAUUAGGAAAAGCCAUGUAUUAAAUCUUUGUUGGCUUACACAAUUAGUAAUCUUGAACAUGAAUUAUUAUUCGUCACAAAGC